AUUAUACGGGCCUUGAGGGAUCGAACAGUGGACAUGAUGUGUAAAAACGACAAGACCCACCAGAGAUUGAAAACACUCCCGGCGAAUGAACGUAAUGUGCUGACUCGUCAGAUUAUAGUAAACGACCAAUACAGGUUUCUGUAUUGCGCGGUUCCUAAAGUUGCCUGUUCAAAUUGGAAACGGGUCAUUCGGGUACUAAACGGUCAAUGGGAAAAAGUGGACAUGGGACGUAAAAUGGACCACCGAAAAGGUUUCAGAUUUCUUGCAAACUACUCAGAUGAUGAGAUUGAGUAUAGGCUAAAACAUUAUUAUAAAUUCAUGUUCGUCCGGAAUCCAAUUACCCGCCUUUUGUCAGCUUACCGUGACAAAUUUACCCGAACGAAAGUUUCAUUCAUUGAAAGAUACGGAAAAAAGAUUGCAAAAAAAUAUCGCCCCCUAUGGGAGGUCACAGGAAACUCGUCUGACAUCAAGAUUACGUUCGGUGAAUUUGUGAAAUAUUUGAUUGACACUCCAACUAGUUUGAUGGAUCAGCACUGGCGUCCGAUGUUUGAGAUAUGCCAGCCCUGCGCUGUCAACUACAGUUUCAUUGGCUCAAUCGAAAACCUUCACAACGACGUACAAACUAUAUUCAAAGAUUUAUCGGUACAGGACCUCGUACAAUUUCCGAAUAUUCAAACAUAUUACAAUGUUACGACAUCUUCAAUCAUCCAAGAAGAACUUGCGAAGAUUUCCGAUGAAGAUCUACGGCAGCUUAUUUCAAAAUACGCGCUGGAUUUUGCGACAUUUGCAUAUUCUGCGCCCAAAUUAUCUUUUUGA